GAGCUCGUUUCCAAGUCCUCCGCGUGGGAAAUAACUGUGGGGCCUGGGGUCAGUGAAACUGUGAUUGGGUCUAGGAGUGUUUCAAGUGCUGGUAUAGUGUCGACGACCCUGAUCAAAUUUCGAGCGCGCCCUCGGUGGCAAUUUUCCCAAACCCGCCAGCUUUGUUUGACCCCAUUGCUCAACCUACGCUCAUCAGCAGUGACAAGGAGAGCGAACUCAACCUGCAGUGGAGAAUGCAUCUUUCCCCAGUUACUGCGCACGCUUCGCAUCUCACCCACCAAUGCUGUACAGCUCCUCGCUUCUCGCCUCGCCUCUGUUUCCCUUACCUCCUAGCUGCCUCGUUUCGCGGCAGCUCGUCGCGUGUGUUAUUCGGCCGCAUUUUCUCUCAGCGCUGCAGUUCCUCCUAGCAUAACUGCCAGUUAGGUGUGACGACGACAACUGCCUAGGCGUCCUGUAGAAGUAUCUCGUCGUACCCUAAGGAAUCCGCUGAUAUCAUAACCUCGUUAAGGAGUGUCUCGAUACCCUCCCUGGGUCAGAUCCCCAUGGGUCUGGCAGACAAACCCCCCAACGUCCGCCUAGACCCUUCCCCCGACCACCCGCCGCCAUCCGAGCAUUCCCCCGCCGCUUCCCCUUCCGCCAACCCGUCCCCCACUUUCCGCCGCCCAGCCUCUGCGACGGGCCGUGGGGUGGGCAUCGUUCCGCUGCCCAAGUUCCCCUCGCGUCUGGACCGCACUCCUGGGGAUGCGUCGGGCGCAAGCCGCCAUCUCAACCGAACGCACUCCGCGCCGCCGCAGGAGCUGGCGGAAACACGCGUGGCGCAGCCGCUCGAGUCCCCCACUGCGCCUUCCCUGCGCUCCCCGUCCUCCUCCUCCGCUGGCCUCAAGCCGCCCCCGGGGGCGGCAUUUCGCCCGCGCAAGGAGAAGGGGUCGAUGCGGCCGCAGCGCACGAGCUCGGGGGGCAACGCGGUGAUGCGCAUGGCGAAGAUCGCGGAGGACCUGGAUUCCGGCAACGCCACUCGGUGCUCAUCAGCCCCCAUUGCCCCCUCCUCCCCUGAUGCCUCCGCGCCCGUCGCUGCGCCACCUUCCAGCUCCGCCCACCCAGCUGCCCUGCCCGCCCCCCUCCAUAAUGGCGCCCUGCCUGCUGGCGCCGAUAGAAGGGGCGGUGGGGGGAGGGAGGCGGGGAAGGAACGGGGGGAGGGGGAAGAGGAGGGGGAGGAGACAGGGUCGCCGCCGCGAAUGGAUGUUCUGCUGAGGAGAUUCGAGGAAGGCACACAGCAGCUGGGCAUCCUCCUCUGGGGCAACGAGUUCUCCCCCCUUGCGGACAUGCAUCCCCCUUCCCCUCCCCCCAAGGCCGCCACCCCCGCAGCGCCGUCCCCCAAGCAGCGCUCGCCCGUGUUCCCCUCGUCCUCCAGCGUCGCGUCCCCGCCUCCCAAGUCCCUCCUCCCUGCCGCCGACACCUCGGGCACGCGGACGGCCAUCCGCCUGCGCUUUGCUGGGGACAGGGCGCGCGAGGGCGCAGGGCUGCUGUUUCCGGGCAGGGCGAGCCGGCGCACGCUGUCCAGCAGCAGCGACGCCUCCUCCUGCUCCCUGCUCACCACUGUCUCCGUCUCCUCCGCCCCCCUCGUCCACUCCUCCCCCUCCGCCCCGGUGCUUGAGUCGCCUUCGGGGGAGCGCGCGCCUGGCGGCCCGCGGCACACGCACACAGGGUCGCGCGCGUCCAUCGCGAACUCACUGUUCGACGACCCGAUGCUGGACGCCAUCUACGCCGACGAGGACGGCAUCGAGGAUGACGCGGACGAGGGGGAUGAGGGCGAGAGGUCGGAGGAGGGGUGGGUGACGAGGGGGGACAGCAUUGCGGAGAGCAGGACGAGCUCCAUCCACCUGGGCAGCGGGCGCCUGGGUAGCAUGCGCUAUGGGGAGGGCGCGGAGGAGGAGUGGGGGGGCGAGGUGGAGCGCGAGGCGAUCAAGAUGAGGGCGCUGGUGAAGCAGAUAGCGGACAGGGGCGGGCUGGAGGACUGCCUCGCCAGCUAUGCCGGCAUGCGCAUGGAGGUGGUGCGGCAGGCGGUGAAGGACGCGAAUGUGCGCCUGGCAGUCAGUGCGGGCGCGCUGGAGGGGCAGGCGUGGGGCGCCGUGGAACCCAUGUUCAAGACGUGGCUCUCGCAGGCCCAUGCGCUGGCGCUGGUGCUGGUGCAGCGGGAGCGCGCGCUGCUGGCGGCCAUCUUCAAGGACAUCCCCUCCUUUGCGCUCUCUGCCCCCCCCGGCCCUGCGCGCCCUACCCUGGCGCGCCUGCCGUCGCUGGCGGCGAAGCUGCCGACGCCGACGGCGCUGCUGGCGGACAUCGUGGUGGAGGCAGGGCUGCUCACGGCGCUCUUCCACCUGCGUGCCAGCGCCACCGCGCUGCUGCACACCGCGCCCGCGCCUGAGAAGAUCUUCGUGCUGCUCGACAUGUACUGGCUGCUGCGCUCCACCGUCGACAACAUGAACGAGGUGGCGCCAGCGAGUCUAUCGGACGCAUGGGGUGCGCUGCCUGGGAGGGCGGCCGGGGCGGCAACGAGGAGUCUGGAGGAGCUGCACUGCAUGCUGGAGCAGGGCGCCAAGCCGCCGCCCUCCACGCCCAAGAAGUCCCUCGGCUCCAGACUGCGCCUGCCUCGUCCCGGGCGCAAGAAAGCGCAGGGGGCAGCGGCGGGGGAGGGGGCUCCGAGCAGUGUGGCGGUGCACCCUGUGACGAGCUACGUGGUCAACUACCUCCGACAGUUCCAGGACAGGUCGCAUGCGGGCAGCUACGGGUGCAUCUUGGAGGAGGCGCUGCGGGAGUUUGAGGCGGGGGCGAGUGUGGAGCACGAGACGGGGCGUCUGCUGGAGGGCGUGCGGGCCAACAUGGAGGUCAAGGGGCUGGCGUGUCCCUCCGACCUCAUGCGUGCCAUCUUCCUCAUCAACAACCUCCACUACCUCGCCUCCUUCGCGGAGAAGCAGCAGCACCCGUGUGCCGCGUCCUUGCAUGCAGCGCUGGAGAAGCACUGCGACACCUUUGAGAGCCUUGCGCUCAAGAGGAUUCUGGACGCACUGGGGCCGGGCGAUAGCAGCAGCAUCGAUGACAAUGAAGUGAUUAAGAGGCUGCGAGUGUUCAACGUGGCGUUUGAGGAGCUGGCCCUGGAGCAGAAGGACUGGAGCUUCACCAACGACGAGUGCCGCCGCAACAUGCGCCAGCGCCUUUCCUCCACCGUGCGAACCACCUACGCCAAGUUCCUCCUGCCCCACAGGGAGGAUCUGUGCACGAUGCCGACGUACCACUGGGCGCCAGACGGCGUGGAGCGCCUCAUGCAGAAGUCGUUCCUCUUCAACAGUUCGCUGCUGCCCUUCGCCUCCUCCGUGUAGCGCACGCCGUCACCGCAUACCCACGCCCAUGGCGUGCGCUGUACGGUCGGGCACAGCAUGGCAGCAGCACAGGUGUGUUGCGGGGAGCAACCAGACUGUGAGGCAGUCAGCAGCUGCUCUCGUGAGCCCGGGGAGAGUGCGAGGAAUAGCACAGGGGUGGGCGUUUGGGUUGCAGCAUCCAAUGGCUGUUGGAUGGGUAUUGUGCUGCGAGAGGACACUCCUCCACAGGCAGCCGUAGCAGUAGCCUGCUCUGCAGCACAGCACUGAUUUGCUCCAAGACGAGAAUUAUGCUGAUGGAGGUGCACCUUCCAUGGGGAGACAUUUAGGACAACCACUGUCAAAACACAUUGUUAACUGCUUGCUCCCAGAACAUUCUAGAGUGCAGGUGUAGCCUUGUAACGAUAAUAGACAUGAGAUGGGAGCGGAGGAAGAAGUACAACAAAAGUACAAAGGCAAC